AGAGGAGGCCGACAGGGGGGACGGGGGUCGGCGGCGCCCGGGCAGGGCUGUCGGCUCCGCCGGGCUCCGCUCCGCCGCUGCCCGCCGCGCUGGUGCAGGAGCGGGCGGCGCUUCCUUCCCUGCCCCCGGGGAGCGGGAGGCAUGCGCCGCAGGGCUCCGGCGGGGAGGCGGGGAGGGACCGCACCGGGCCGGGGCACAAAGGCGGCGGCGGCCGCUGGCCCUGAGAGCCGGCGCGGAGCGGAGGGAGGGCGGCGGGAGCCCGGUAACGAUCGUAACGGAAGGGCCGCCGGGGGAAAGGGGCACCGCGGCCUCCUGCAGCAGCCCCGCGGCCAGGGCCCGGCUCCAAACCGCGGUCCCGGCGCGGAGCAGGAAAACAGCAGCGGAAAGAACGAGGUGCGGGUUUUCCCUGAGGACACACUGCCAACCCUGUGCUAUCAUCCCUGUGCUUCCAGAGCAGAACCAAGCUGUGGGAUGCUUCCUAUCGGGACACCCGUUUCAACCUGUUCAUUCCUAAAACACACAGAAUAAUACAGAGCCGAUAAGACAUUUGCCUGUGUGUUCUUGUCCCUGGGAUAUGUAACAUGCUUUUAUGUUCUGAUCUGGCUCGCUUGAACGAGACUGCUGAAAACAGCACAGCCAGCAGCUGUGUGCAGGAGGAAACAAUGGACUUGCUUUUCCUUCACUGCAGAAUUGCAGCCUGGAGGUGAGGAAACUUUG